AAUAUAAAAGGAAAUUGAUUCAGUCCAACAUUGUCAGUCGAUUCAUAAUAAUCUUAUAGUUUUUAGUUAAGUCGAUCUUUUAGUCAAUUUUAUACCUUUUCGUUUCGUUAAACUUUUUUUUUUCGCUAAAAAUAGAAACUCACCAAAAAUCCAAUUUUUUCGUUAAUUUGAGACUCCAAAAUGUACAAGGCACUUAAAUCUUUGGCGCCGAUAAGUCGCAGGGCAUUUUCAACGACAAGUGUCCGGGCGUCAGGUGGCUUUAGUGUCAGCUUAACAGAUGAACAACGAGAAAUGCAAGAAUUGGCAAGGAAAUUCACGAAGGAGGAAAUCAUUCCGAAUGCAGCGCAUUUCGAUAGGACCGGUGAAUAUCCAAUUGAAAUUGUGAAGAAAGCCCAUGCCGUUGGUCUGAUGAAUGGCCACAUUCCACAAGACUGUGGUGGUCUUGGACUUGGAGUAUUUGAAUCGUGUUUAGUUACUGAGGAAUUGGCGUUUGGAUGUACUGGAAUUUUGUUAGCGAUCGAAGGAACGGGCUUGGGUCAAACACCGGUGAUUAUGGCUGGCAAUGAGGAACAGAAAAAGAAAUAUUUGGGAAGACUUAUUGAGGAGCCAAUUGUAGCUGCGUAUGCUGUGACUGAACCUGGAGCAGGAUCAGACGUAAAUGGUGUGAAAACGAAAGCUGUAAAGAAGGGAGACGAGUGGGUGAUUAACGGUCAAAAAAUGUGGAUCACUAACGGAGGCAUCGCCAAUUGGUACUUUGUACUGGCCAGAACGAAUCCCGAUCCAAAAGCUCCGGCUAACAAAGCGUUCACUGGCUUCAUUGUCGAAGCUAACACACCAGGUGUAACUCCCGGCCGAAAGGAACUGAACAUGGGACAACGUUGUUCUGACACGCGUGGAAUCACAUUCGAAGACGUUCGAGUGCCGAAAGAAAAUGUUGUGAUGGGCGAAGGAGCCGGUUUCAAAAUUGCAAUGAUGACUUUCGAUAAGACUCGUCCACCUGUGGCUGCCGGUGCCACUGGUCUUGCAAAGCGAGCACUUUAUGAAGCCACCAAUUAUUCGUUGCAACGAACAACGUUUGGUGUGCCAAUUGCUCAACAUCAAGCCGUUUCAGCGCUGCUAGCUGACAUGGCAAUUGGUGUGGAAACGGGACGUUUGUCUUGGAUGAGAGCCGCAUGGGAAGUGGAUAAUGGCGCUCAGAAUAGGAGUUAUCACGCUUCAGUCGCUAAGUGCUAUGCUGCCGAUAUGUGCAAUCGUGUCGCUUCGGAUGCUGUGCAAGUGUUUGGUGGCGCUGGUUUUAAUUCGGAAUAUCCCGUCGAGAAGUUGAUGCGAGACGCUAAGAUCUACCAAAUCUACGAGGGCACAUCUCAAAUUCAAAGACUUAUCAUUGCGAAGUCACUUAUUACCGAAGCAAUGCAACGAGCUUAAGUAAAAUGUGGUCAAUUGAUUUGUGGAUCUGAACAUUGAUCUGGUAUUCGAUCUGAUUGUUCAAUCAUUUCUGAUCUGAUUGUAAAAAUGGGUAUGAAGGGAGGUGGGUGAUUCUAGGAAAUCCAUAAAUUUUUAUCGAAAAACAAAUU